UCAUGUGGGAAUAAUUAAAAGAUCUCAAGAAUACAAUAAGCUGAGUGUUAUUUUUUUUUCUUGAGAAUAUCUAAUAAAGUUGUUCUGAUGCUGGAAACAGUUGAAUCUCAGUUAUGACGCGUUACACGUGACGAGGUAUCGCGAGUGCUGUGAUAUUUGUAGUUGUUUGAAACUUAUUACUGGUCCCCGGAAACGAAUGUUGCAGGGAAUAAUGUGGUCACUUCCGAUUCCGGACGGCCUGGUAAUGGACCCGAUGGCGCCCACCGCGCUCGCCGUCCCCGAUCAGCUGAUGGGACGCAUCGGCAGUGGGCUAAGCAUCCUGAGAGACCACGGAAAGAAAGUUCAAAAGUAUCUAUUGAAGAACAGAAAAUUUGAAGUUCUGAAGAAAUCAUGGUCCUCGAUUGUCAACAUUGUUUUAAUAGAAGCGAAAGACUUGCCGGACGCACCGCCAACUACAUCAAACAGUCUCUAUUGCAAGUUUAAGCUAGGAAACGAGUCCCAUAAGUCCAAACAAGUACACAAAAACAAACCUAUAUGGAGGGAGAGGUUCAACUUGUAUCUUUACGAAGACAGCACACUUGAGGUCAAUGUCUGGCAUAAGACUAAGCAAAAAAACUUUAUGGGCAGAUGUGUUAUCGACCUGGCCCAGCUAGAGAAGGAAAGAACCCACGAUAUCUGGCAGCCUCUAGAGUGUGGCUUUGGAUCCUUGCACCUUCUGAUCACCUUGAGCGGAUCGGAAAGGUGUCAGAACGUAGCUUCUGAUAACGUCGUACCAACGAAUGGUAUUCAACAGGACGCUCCUAUUGAUGAUAAAUUUGUCUGGUACAAAUUUGACAAUUGGAAUGAAGUAGGUAGAUUAUCAAUAACAGUACACGGAGCGAAAGGCUUGUGCGCUCUUAAUAUAAGUGGUAAUGUGAACUCGUUUUGUGUUCUUGAGCUAGACAAUUCAAGAAUACAGACACACACCAUCCGCGGAACAGCGGAACCUAAUUGGAAUAAAACAUUCACUUUUUGUAUAAAAGACAUCACAUCAGCGUUAGAUAUAACUAUAUACGAUGAAGCGAUGCUGCAAUCGAUGAAGGGUGAGAAGAUCGGUAAAGUAACAAUCCCUCUGUUGAGGAUAAACAACAAUGAGAAGAAAUGGUACGCACUGAAGGAUCGAGCGAAAAGACACAGCGCCAGGGGGAACUGUCCACGGAUAUUAUUGGAAAUGUCGGUCGUAUGGAAUCCUGUUAAAGCAUCAAUGCGUGUAUUGACUCCAAAGGAAACAAAAUAUAUACAAAAGCCAACCAAGUUCGACAUACCAUUAAUAUACAGCAACUUGAUAUUUAUAAAGAAAAUAUUCAAAGUGUUUCAAAAUGGGAACGAAAGUUUGAAGCGUGUCUUUGAAUGGGAUAACACGGAGAAGUCAGCGUUGGCGCUGGCUGGAUGGCUCACCUUCUGGUACUUCUUCAGAAUGUGGAUGACACCACUCUUGUUAAUCUUACCGUUCGCACAUUACUGGCUUUUGCAGAGAAAUUGCAAUGCAGUCGUCCCCAUCAGUCAGGUGGACGAGGACAGUUAUUUCCAGAAUGAUGAAAAGGAAGCAAAGGAUGAUAAAACCAUCAAGACUCGCAUCUCGGAACUACAAGAUCUCACCAUAACGAUAAAGAAAGGAAUCGAUUAUAUCGUAUCUUUACUGGAGAGAAUCAAAAACUUAGUGAACUUCAGCGUGCCGUAUUUGAGUUACUUGAUCAUAUUAACACUAAUCGCGGCCUCCGUAGCGUUUUACGUAAUCCCGGCUAAUUACAUAUUCAUGGCUUUAGGUGUGUAUAAGUUUACGCGUAAAUUAUUAAAUCCAUCGAGACUUCCGAACAACGAUAUUCUGGAUUUCAUAUCACGGGUUCCCGAUGAUGAAAUGUUGAAACAAUGGCAAGAGUUGCGAGUUCCUGAACCGACACCAACUCAAGAUGAUUCUAAAAGCAGAUAACCAUUUUAAUGUACCGAUUCGGUACAGAAAAGAUGGCGUUUAGUAGCGUUUCAGUGCCAUACCAGGAUGCUUAGUCCAAGUCCACGCGUUAACAGGUUUUCAGUAGUUUAACGAACUAGAAAAGGGAAACGCUUCGUAUGUUGUACAUAUGACGAUGCAAACUUGUACUAAGCAUACUGAUGUUGCGUGGAAGGAAACAUUCCAUUAAUUCAAGAAACAUGUCGUUACAUAGUUGGUGCUAUUGUGAUAUUUUUACAGUGUCAUAGUAUAGAUGUAAUCACAAUUAUAAUUUGUUAUAUGAUAUUUAUGUUCCUUAUUUAAAAAUAUAUAUUUUUUUUUAUUAAUCGCAAAGAAUAAGGCGUUGAAUGAUGUGAAUCUUGUUUAUGUUAAUAUAUUUUUUUUAUUUAUAUAAUAAAUAAACAGUUGUAAAUUAUUGAUACCUCAAAUUGAGGUACUCUGGGAUCUCUUGAUAGAGCUCUCUGUGUAUUCUAAGCUCGGUUCGGGUACGCCUAAUUCCUUCCAAUCUUUCUGUAAAUAGAUAAUUAUAUUCAUCAAAUAUUGUGAUAUAUUAAUUAUAUGAUUUUAAUUUAAGAUUAAAUAAAAUUUUAAUAACUUUUUUUU